UAGCUUCUUUUGUUAAGUUUACACCAAUCAAUCUCCUGAUUGUCGAUCACUGAAAACUCACAUGCAACGGUUUACAAGAUCUAUCCUGCGCUAUUCUCAUUAAAUGUUUUGAUUUGUAUUUUUGCCUCUCUACAAUCAUCAAUCUUGGCCAUGUUUUGGGCAAGAAAUCCACACCUAUGGAAGCUAGAUUGGAAUGUACAGCUUUUAGCCAUUGUAUAUUGUGGAGUGGUGAUAUCAGCAUUGGUAUACUGGCUGCAAACAUGGUGUAUCGGUAAGAAGGGACCAGUCCUUGCAGCAAUGUUUAGUCCCUUAAUCCUUGUUAUUGUGGGGAUCUUUUCAGCAAUUGUUUUUGCAGAGAGACUUUAUUUGGGAAGCUUGAUAGGAGCACUUCUUAUCGUGUUUGGGCUAUAUUGCGUACUCUGGGGGAAGAAAGACACUGAAAAGCCAUGCACCAGUAGAAGAGGCUAUGAUGAUGAUAAAAUCCUAGACAUUCCAGUGGAUAACUCUUACCAUGAUGGCUCCCAUCAAAACUGAACAGCAGAGAUGACAAACUAAGUUGUAGAGACAAAACUUAGAGCUCCAAGAAAAAUUCAUAAACAAGUUAUAACAGUGAGCACUUCAUGAUAUCAGUUACGUAGCAGAAUGACACAAUUUGAACCCUUUUUUUUUUUUUUUUU